UGGGUCGGUUACUGAAGGAGAACCGCAACCGCUUUAAAGCCGAGGGGAUAAAAUUUAUCCUCGUAAAACACGAAACUUCGGACUAAAUACGCGACUUUUUCCCUACGGAAGACUCAUUUAGCACUCCUGGUGGAUUUAUUUCCCAAAGAACGCACCGACAAACCUGGAAUAUACUCGCUGGUUAACAGUUUUCGAGCUCCACAGCUAACGAGGCUAACUGGCUAAACAUGGAGGGGAGAACCUGAGGGAAAAGAAAAUCCAUUAAAAAAAACCCAAAAUGAAGGUUUUAAAAAAGGUUAUUUCUGUGGAACGGGGCCAGAAUUAUGUAUUAACUUCUGUGUAAAAUAUUUUAUUUCUUAUUUUUUUGGAUUGUUUGGUUUAGUUUGAAUGGACGACAGUUUAUGAUUUUACUUUAUUUAUAUAAAAAAAGUUGUUUAGCUAACUUGCUAAGUUUUUAGAUCCGCACGGACGCGCGCGCGUUAAUGGAAUAUUCUGGAAUUUAUUAGAAGAACAGCAAUAAUGCUAAGACUAAGACUUGUUUUGCGUCGGAUUGAGUUAUGAAAUGCAGAGGACAAGUGUUCCUGUGUUCCUUGGAGAUGCUCCUGGUCGCCUGUGAGAGAGAAUAAACUAUCAGGGUUAAUAAUAAGGUAUAAAUAAUAAUAGUUAUAGUAGUAAUAACAACAUCAUCAUAAUAAUAAUAAUAAGGAGAAGAAGAAGGAGAAGACGUCGUGAUGGAAGGUCGGGAAACUCCGUGAUCGUGGAGCCGGGUCAACCCGCAAACACCCAAUUUCCCCCCAUGGGUCUGAUGGUUGUAGAUCUGUUAUUACAUGGAGACUAGUUGGACAUGCCGAGGAAGGAGUUACCAUUACCAGAGGGUUGGGAGGAGGCCCGGGAUUUUGACGGGAAGGUCUACUACAUUGACCACAUCAACCAGACCACGAGCUGGAUCGACCCCAGGGACAGGCACACGAAGCCCCUGACUUUCGCCGACUGUAUAGGAGACGAGCUGCCUUUAGGAUGGGAGGAAGCGUACGAUCCGCAAGUCGGCGCCUAUUACGUCGAUCACAACACAAAGAGCACUCAGCUGGAGGACCCGCGGGUGCAGUGGCAGCACGAGCAGGAGCACAUGCUGCGCGAGUACCUCAACGUCGCCCAGGAAGCACUGAGCGCCCAGAAGGAGAUUUACCAGGUCAAGGAGGAGCGACUCCGUCUGGCACAGCAGCAGUACAAACAGCUCAAUGACGCCUGGAGGGACAAGUCAUCCUCGCAGACCAGCUUAAACUCCAGAUCCUCAUCGAGCAGUAAAUACGAUCCAGAAAUCCUUAAGGCGGAAAUCGUGACCGCUAAGAGUCGGGUGAGUAAGCUGAAGAGAGAUCUGGCCUGCAUGAGGCAGGAGCUUCUUUAUAAGGAGCAGGGGUUCGAAACGUUGAAAGAAAUUGACCACAAGCUGGCGAGCGCUUCAUACGGGUACAAGCAGCACGAUCCCCAAGCCAUCCUGAAGGAGGUCCGGACAAUUAAAGAUGCCAUCAGCUCUGGAGAAAGAGAAAAGCAGGAGCUCAUGCAGAAACUGGCUGUGUUGAAAGAUGGCUUCCAUUUGGAUUACGGCUCUCAGACCGAGCUGUGGGCGAGUAACCCCUCUCUGUCCAACUCGAAUCUGUCGCUCCCUCGCCUCUACUCUGAUGCAGAGUCCCAGACUGACAUACCCACCGAGUUCGGCUCGAUUUCCAACAUGCUGGCCGAGAAGGUACGACUGAGCUUAAAAUACGAAGAAGCAAAAAGGAGAAUCGCCAACAUCAAAGUCCAGAUCGCCAAGUUGGACAACGAGUCAUGGCCCGGUUUGCUAGAUCCCGAGCGGGACCGGCUCAUCCUCAUCAGCGAAAAAGAGGAACUGCUAAAGGAGCUGCAGUACGUCAAACCCUGCAAGCGCGCUCCUAGCGACGCCGAGAAGAUCGAAACGGAGAAAAAGCGAUUGGAGAAGGACCUGCAGGCGGCACGCGACAGCCAGAGCAAAGCUCUCACGGAAAGAUUGACGCUACAUUGCAAGAGGAACAAGCUGGUGAAGGAGCUGGAGGACGUGGUCAGGCAGGCGUCCUCACUGCACACACAGCUGAAGAGCCUGUCAGCUAGCACGCUGUCCUGUUCGUCGGGAAGCAGCCGAGGUUCUCUGACGUCCAGCCGCGGCUCGCUGGCCGCCUCCAGCCUUGGCUCGCUGUCGUCUCUCAGCUUCACCGACGCCUACUUGGAGCACCAGAGCGAGCUGAGCGACCCGGACUUCCAGGUCAAGUUGGACUCGCUGCUCCAGGAGAGCACCUCGUCUACCUACAGGCCCUCCAGCUCCAUCCCCACCAUCCACGAGAACGAGGUGACAUCAGGGCCAGCCGCCAGCGCCGCAGGUCAGGGAGCGGGUCUACGCGCCCACGCCCUCCGUCUGUCAGAGACGCCCGGGUCCAUGAGCUCUCUGUCGCCGCGCUCGUCACUGUCCUCGCUGUCUCCGCCCUGCUCGCCUCUCGUCCCCGACGCCUCGUCGCUGGCCGGAGAGGCUUUCACGGGUUCGGCCUCUCAGCUUGACCUGGAGCUGCAGGCCCGUCUCAGCGAGCUCAGCCUGCAGGGGGACGCCAAGCAGGAUGCCACUAAAGAUCUCGAUUCCCAAUCAAGGGUCUUGGGGUCCGCCUCAAAGAAAGCGGGCGUGACGUCGGCCGUGUCGGACGAAUCGGUAGCAGGAGACAGCGGCGUGUAUGAGGCUUCAGAGAAAAGGCCUGGAGUCGCCGCCGAGCAGCUGCUGGGUGACGAAGACGGAGGAUUAGUCAGCUGCGCUCAGAUCAGACUGGGCCUGAAGUACGAGGCUAAAGAGAAACGCUUCGCCAUCUUCGUCAUGCAGCUGACCAACUGCAGCACGCUCGCUGUUCCUGACAGCCAGAACAUGUACGUCCGGGUGGUAGUGCUGCCCUGCCCGGAGGCCACACGCUGCCUGUUCCGCACACGCAGCUCACAAGCUCAGGACACGCUGGAGUUCAACGAGGUGUUUGCCGUGCAGCUCUCCCCCACCGCCUUCAGACACAAGACCCUCCGAAUUGAUGUCUGCUCCACCACCAAGUCCAGAAGAGAGGAUUGUCUGGCUGGAGCUCAGAUCAGUUUGGCUGACAUGGAGUGUUCAGAGGAGUGGUGCACAAAGUGGUACAACCUCCUCAACUACCUGCUCAUCGCAGACAUGAAUGGCAAGAACAAAGAGCUCAGGGCUCCCAUGCAGUCUGAUGAGACAAUAGAUCGCUCCACGGAAAUCCCAGCGGCAAACACGAAGACGGUCGAGUCAGACUGGCUGGUGGAGCCUCUCGAGAGCGACGUGUUUGUGGACGGAGUGGGCAGCGACGGUGAAGGGGAGGUAUUUAACUCAGAAGACUGUCAGUGGGAAGCAGAGGAGGAAGAGGAUGUGCAGGAGGAGGAGGAGCGAGCGGCGGCGUACGAGCCUCCUCCAGCAGCAAAAGUAGCAGUUAUUCCUGAAAAGGUGAAUAAAGAGACAAGCAUGGAUGGUCUCGCUCCUCACAGCGCCGCCGCCUCCUCCUCGUCCUCCGUGGUCCGGCCCAAAGAGCGACGGCUUGAGCUCAACCAGCAGAAUCCUUUUGUCAGGGGAAACACUAUAAUUCGCUCCAAGACCUUUUCCCCUGGUCCACAAAGCCAGUAUAUCUGCAGAAUCAACCGAAGCGACAGCGACAGCUCCACUCUGUCCAAGAAGUCUCCUUUCGUCCGGAACGCCUCAGAGAGGCGCAGCGUCCGUAUCAAAAAGCCACCGAUGCAGAUGCGGGGUUUGGACGGCGUGAUGCGCACUCCUCUGGACCUGGAACUUGAGCUGCAGGCAUCCCGGACGCGCCACAACCGCCUGAAUGAGGAGCUGCGGGUCCUGCGGCAGCUGAAGGAGCAGAUGGAGAGCGCGAGGCAGCAGGGCCAGCGCAGCCUUCCGGCGUGGGUCCAAGAGGACGAGCGCUUCCGACUGCUGCUCACGCAGGCCGAGAAACAGACUCAGGAGGAACAGCUGCAGGAGCAGAAAGUGGAGAAGAUGAUGCGAGCGGCUGCCAAGGAGGUGCACAAAAUCCGAGGGCAGAGCCGCAAAGAAGGUCCCGAAGUCCAGUCCUUCAGAGAGAAGAUGGCCUUCUUCACACGAGUAAAGAUAAAUGUUCCUGACCUACCAGCUGACGAUGUAUAGACCACAUGCAAGAGUCUUAACUGCUGUUUCACUGAAGAAGAACCUGACCUCUGGUGGUAUUAUGAAGAAUGAAGAAUUAUCAUUAUUAUAAUUAUUAUCAUUAUUGCAGAAUAUUACGUGUAUGUCGAGUAGGAACAUUGUCCAUUUUAAAACACUGGGUUUUUUUUAGUUCUCAGUUGAAAGUCUGACACGGCCUGUAGAUUCUUUCUCUUUUUAAAAACAAAAACAAAAAACAAACAAACAAAAAAAGACAUUGUACCAACAACCACAUUUUUUUUCUGUCUAUAGUAGCAAUAUUUUGUUUCACUUACUACUAAUAAUUGUAUAUUGGUAUAUGUAUUUUU